AGGAUGUGCGCGGGCGACGCGCUGGAGGAGUUCUGGCGGUUCGCCACGAGCGGGCCCCGGACCCUCAGCCAAGCGGCCGCCUGGUCGCCGCGCCUGCGCGGGGCCUGGCUGACGGAGGACCUCGUGGUCCAGCGCGUGCACGGCUGGGGCCCCCGGGCCGUGCGGCUGCUGUGCGUGCGCGGGAGCGCCGCGGACGCGCCGCUGCGGCGGGCGCUCGAGCAGUACAGCGACAAUCUGGCGGCGGGCAUGGUGGCCCCAGACGACCCGCUGGACCUCGAGCGCCGGGUGCUGGUCAAGAUCCCGUACGGCCCCUGCCUGGACGGCUCCGUCGAGCGAGAGUGCGCGGUGCUGCACGAGCUGGCCGGGCUGGAGGGCAUCCCGGAGCUGGCCGAGCAGGUCCUCUUCACGGAUAUCGGCGUCAGCGCGAUCGCGUAC